AAUCAAAAUCGGUUUGUUAAUAAAAAAAAAUUAUUUGCGUGUCUCAGCGCCCAAAAGUCUACCAUUUUUCAUAGCUUAAGCAUACAAAAUUACAAUAAAUAUUCUGAGAAAAAAAAAUUUUCACAAAAUAAACAACAUUGAACCUGUAAAUUUUGUGUGCUCUGUACUUACUACGUCCUUUCCUUACUACGUAAAGGAGUUCACACACACACGUACAUAUACACACCUAAAUGCUUAACAUUUUCGAAGUGUAGAAGUGAAUGUACAGUGGCUUUUAUUACAGAAACAAAAAGUAGUAGAAACAAUAAAACAGCAACAAAAAUAAAGCAACAGUCGCAAACUGCCACGCAAGGAUACUUUAUACCGGAAGCUGCUUGUGUUUUGAUAUAAAUUUGUAUGGCAGCAAAGUACAAGGGCAAGGAGAACCGAGAAACGAGAAAGAAAAUCAGUGCCAUAGAACCUUAAAAAAAAAAUAACAAAAAAAAAAAACACUGUCAGAAUUUUUAUAGCAAAUUUCAGAGAACAACAAAUAUUUAAAUCCUUUUAUACAAAGUAGUCUACAAUUUUGUACUUUUUCUAUUAAAUAUCGACCAAAUAAUCAACUGCUGUACUAAUCAAAUUGAAAACUCCUGCAACUUAAUGACUGAUUUUUCUGAUUAAAAUAUAUAGCUAGAAAACUUUAUAAAUUAUUAAAAAUAUACAUUCUUUAGACACUAAAGUAAACUCUUAAGCAGAUAAAAAUAACUUUUUGAUAAAAAAUAUUGCAUUUUCUAUUUCACCUAAAGUGCAUUUUCAUAAUAAGUAAAAAUUAUAACCAAUCAUCAGAAUUUAGAAGGUGUAGGAUUAAAGGUGGGCAGGACUAAUAUUUAAGUACGAGGCAUGCAGCGUUGCCCCUACAUUCAUGAGAUGCGAGAACGUUUACUCAAUAACGAUCAGCAGCGAGAAUCAGUACCUUUAGAGCAAAUGGAGCGCGCAAAUUUACUCGACAAUCGUCAAUCGGCUGAAUCAAAUCAGGUCGGCACAAUAGUAAAGCUUCACGCCGAUGGAUACCACACCAGCCCCGCACAUCAAAGAACUCCACUUGUACCGCGUGACUUAGGCGAAGAUUUCAAUUUGGAUUUCGAUGAUGAUUUUCCCAUUGAUGCGAAACGGCCUAAAAAUGCCAAAAACCAUUCCAGCAACAAUCUGGAGCCAGUUUCAACACCACCGCAGAAAAGGUUGGAUUUGGUCUAUAAUUUGCUUCCUUAA